AUGGGCUCCGCGCUGACCCGUAGGGCGGCCCCGGUCCCGCCGUCUGCCCUUCCUUUCGAGUGCGCCGUGUGCCUGGAGGUGCUGCUCCGGCCCGUCCGCACACCCUGCGGUCACCUAUUCUGUCAUUCCUAUAUUUCUGCAAGUUUAAAGAAUAAUGCAUGGACAUGCCCUUACUGCCGUGCUUAUCUGCUUUAUGAAGGAGUUCCAGCCACUGAUAUUGCCAAGAAGAUGGAGAGCACAUUCCAAAAUUGCACAGAAUGUGAAACACAGGUUUGUCUGAGUGAAAUGAGAGCUCAUCUAAGAACUUGUGAGAAAUACAUAGAAAAUUAUGGACCUAUCCAGGAGCCUGGAGAUGCUGUAAAAAGAUAUUCCUGUCCUUACUGUCAAUGCCAAGUAGCUGAGGAUGAGCUAAUGGAUCACUCUUACCACAGACUGGAAAGGAGAGCAGUGUGUUGUCCAAUUUGUUGUUUAACACCUGAGAGAGAUCCAGGCUACUUCAACAGUCAUUUUAUAAGGCAUCUUCAACUCAGACAUACACUCCAUUAUGAAGACUACAUAGUGAGUAGCACUAUUUGUAAAGUAUUUGACUUGUGUUCUUUAUGUCUAUCUUCUUCAAUACCUUUUUCCAUCAAGAAGUCAGGAAAAGAACUGAGCAGGUCAUCACCAGCAUCAUAAAAUGUAGUAGCUCUAUGCAGGAAGUGCACAGUCUGGUACUCAGAGACACCAGCUUAGGGAUUCUGUCCUCAGUUCUGUUGUUGUCUUGUGGUGGGACUAGGGAAAGAUCCUCCAUUACCUCAUUUCUGAAUAAGAUGAGAGGGAAUGGAUUGAAGUUUGAGGAGGGCAGACUUACACUGGAUGCUAGAAAGAAAUUCUUUACAGUGAAGGUGGUGAGGCACUGAAACAGGUUGCCCAGGGAGGUUGUGGAGGUCCCCUCUCUGGAGGUGUUCAAGGCCAGGAUGGAUGAGGCCUUGAGCAAUCGGGUCUGGUGGAUAGUGUCUCAGUCAGUACCGGGGGGUUGGAAAUGGAUGAUCUUCAAGAUCCCUUCCAACCCAAACCUUUCUAUUAAUGUAUGAAUCUGACUCAUGUUGAUAACUGACUUCAAGAUCCUCAAAUGGAACCUUAAGUACUCUAAGUGAAAGUUUCAACAACCUUUCUUUUUCUGUAAGAACCCAAGAAGACACAGUCGAACCUCUGAAAGAUGCUGCAGCUGUUUGCUGAGUGAACUGUAAAAGAGAAAAUGCAGCAGAAGUAUUAAUAUGCUUCUCAAGAAUAUCAGUUAGUGCUUUCCUCUGUUUAUGUUUGUAACUCAUCCUGACAAAAUGCCAAAGAUAUAAAACAUUUUUGUUUUCAAAUGGUGUAAAAGUACUGAGGAACACUACGUCCAAAUGGUGGGUGGGGUGAAGAAGCAUCAUAGUCAUCUGAACCUGUAAUUCACACACAUAGCAGAGGCAAACCUAUGUAUGAUAACACUUUAAUGAUAGCUGACAUAUGUAGCUUCAUAAAGUAUAGCUAGGACUGGAGUAUUUCCUUCCAUACAUGUUGAGGUUUGCAUAUUCGCUCAAGCUGUUUGAGCAUUUGACACCCUCAAAAGUCUGAUUUAAAAUGUUUUCCUUCUAAUAAAUGUGUUUCAUAA